CUCUCGACCUCGAUGUCUGCUCCUUCUGCUGCUCCUUCUGCUGCCCCUGCUGCUGCCCCCGCUGCAACGCCAGCCUCUGCGCCGACCACUUCUCAAGCUGGCCGACCAGCUCAUCGCACCCUCACUGUGCGCUACUACGCGGUCGAUGGGAAAAGCGGAUUGCAAAACUUCCCCAUCGUCGAACGCAAUGGAACAACGACGCUGGGCCAGUUUUUUGGGACCUUCAAUGCUGUUUGGGAGUCGACUCCCCUGCAAUGCGGUGAUUGCCCCCACUGUUGGACAACUCUUUGCGCGAAAAAGCUCGAUAAAUGCUUCACGAUCAUCCAUCGCUGCAAACACGACCGACCGGACGACAGACUGGAGGACGAGACAGCUAACGAGGCCAUCGCAAAACUUUUCGACCUCCCCAAACCUUUCUAUCCCGUCGAGGGCAAUGUAAUCGUGAUCAAGCAUCUCAACAUCCCCAUUGUGCCGUUCUCUGGACUCAAGCUGCCUCGCGACUUGCAUGCGGCCCCAGCUCAAAAUGUCGAGGAGGCGGAUAUUGCCCUCAUCGACCUUUUUGUGCGCCAGUGGGCCAAUGGCGGCCCCUUCGGGAUUCCAGUGCCGCCAGGAGCGUACGAUAUGUUGGGCCGGUGUUGUUUUGAGUAG